AAGCCCGAAGGUUCCGCCCGCAGGGGUGGGGGACCGUGGCCGGGGAGGGCGGCGGGGUGCGAGCUCGGGAGCGGCGGACUGCCUGGACUUCCGCAGUUUAGGGCGCCCCGGGAGAGUUCAAGUCGGGGCUCUGCCCCAACCGGACUCAACUACCUCCUUUCCCGGGUUUCUUCUCGGUCUCGGGAAAUCUUCCGAGCACCCCCACUCCCCCCAACAACAACUGCUCUCCAAAUUUAUAAUCCUAAUAACCUGAUCUCCCGCUCCUCCCCGCCAGCCUCCGCCCUUGCUCCCCCACCCCACCCCUUCUCUUUCGCCCAUCUCCUCCGCCGCAGCUGGAGGGAAACCCGGCAUUGGCGAGCUGGGGUGUCAGCCUGGGGCGGAGGGGGGGAAGCUAGGCGACGAUCCCUGGGAUUUUUUUUUUUUUUUUGUCUGCCUUUGGCGCAGAACAACCCGGCUGCUUCUACGGAGCGCAGAGCCGGUUGCAUCCCCAGGCAUCUCGUUCCACAAAUAAACGUCACUCGGGGAACUCAGACGGACACCCCCUCCUCGACCCCUGGCUCCCCCCUGCCCCUUGUCCACUGGGGAGGCUGCCUGGCGCGGAGGCGGCAGUCGCCGUGGCGGAGGCGACCUGUGGGUGACUGUGUCUGCGAGAUACUUUGCCAUACCAUUCUGCCGGAAUUUGGAGAGAAUCAGCUGCUUCCAGCCCCCUCCCCCUCCGCCACCAUUUCGGACACCCCGCACAGUCUCGUUUUGGGGUACCCCGUAACUUCCAGGCAGCACGCGAGGUCCACUGGCCCCGGCUCCGGCGACCACCUGUCUCGGACGUGUUGACUCUUCUCCCAUGACCCUGCGGUGCCUGGAGCCCUCCGGGAAUGGAGCAGACAGGACGCGGAGCCAGUGGGGGACCUCGGGGUCGCCGGAGGAACAGUCCCCCGAGGCGACGCGUCUGGCGAAGGCCCUGCGCGAGCUCAGUCAAACAGGAUGGUACUGGGGAAGUAUGACUGUUAAUGAAGCCAAAGAGAAAUUAAAAGAGGCACCAGAAGGAACUUUCUUAAUUAGAGAUAGUUCGCAUUCAGACUACCUAUUAACUAUAUCAGUUAAGACGUCAGCUGGACCGACUAACCUGCGGAUUGAGUACCAAGAUGGGAAAUUCAGAUUGGAUUCUAUCAUAUGUGUCAAGUCCAAGCUUAAGCAGUUUGACAGUGUGGUUCAUCUGGUUGACUACUAUGUCCAGAUGUGCAAGGAUAAACGGACAGGCCCAGAAGCCCCCCGGAAUGGGACUGUUCACCUGUACCUGACCAAACCUCUGUACACAUCAGCACCGACUCUGCAGCAUUUCUGUCGACUCGCCAUUAACAAAUGUACCGGUGCGAUCUGGGGACUGCCUUUACCAACGAGACUAAAAGAUUACUUGGAAGAAUAUAAAUUCCAGGUAUAAGUAUUUCUCUUUUUUUAAAACACAUGCCUCAUAUAGAAUAUCUCCGAAUGCAGCUAUGUGAAAGAGAACCCGGAGGCCCUCCUCUGGAUAACUGCAUAGAAUUCUUUCUUAAGGACAGUUGAGCUCAGUCUAACUUAAAGGUGUGAAGAUGUAGCUAGGUAUUUUAAAGUUCCCCUUAGGUAGUUUCAGCUGAAUGAUGCUUUCUUUCCUAUGGCUGCUCAAGACCAAAUGGCCCUUUUAAAUGAAAAAAAAAAAAAAACAAGAAACAAAAACGUCCCAAGGAAUGGCAAGAGACUAUUCCUGUCAGAAUGACUUGCCUUUUUUUUUUGGGGGGGGGGGGGUCCCUAUGCACUGGGUCAAAAGUCGAAGCACCAUAGGAGAGAAAGGCUUCCAUGUGGGCAGCUGAAGGAGGAAAAGCCUGGCUGACACAGGCUUCAGCUCCACCUGUAGCUGCCUGGUGAUCAGUCUGUGUUAGAAUUAUAGUUUGCAUUCUGAUAUAUCUCGUAGGAGGUCCGUUGUUAAGCUGACCAUGCUUGUAUUUAUCCCUCGUUUUAUGCAACUAAUCAAAUCAACCAAAAAAAAAAAAAAAGAAUCAUCACCAUGAGAUCCUGUACUUGUCUUUUUUACUACAUGUGUGAACUCCCACGUGAAUGAGUACUGUAGUAAUCCAUUUCAAGGCAGCCUUACUUCAGAAACAUUUCAAACUGGUGCAAACAGAGAAGACUUCUCUCUUUUCCUUUAAGGCUAAAGACAAGAAUGUCAUGCUACACAGGUGCAACUCAAUCCUCGAAAACAAAAACCAAUGCAGACAGAGACUUUUAUCCCUUGACGUAGCUGUGAGUCCUUACCUAUUGCCAUUGAUUUUUGUUUUUUGGAAAUGGCUCUAGAACUUUCCAAGUUGUCCUUGAAUUGUCUGACCACGGACAUCCACAGCUGCCUCCCUUCUACCAUGUAGAGUACUAUGACUUAACUUUUCUUCCAGAUAUAGGGGGGUACCUGCCUGUUUUUCAAAGUGUUUAUUUACUGCUGUUACUAUUUGAUUAGAAUGUAUUAAAUAAAAACCAACCUGACUUUUACAAGUUGCACUCA